AAAAUUUCAAACAACUCCAGAGAAAGUGUUUAAAUAUUGUGUGUUUGGUGAUCUUUAUAUCAUAUAACUUCACCAAACUUCAAAAGCAAAAACAUCCCAACUUUCACUGCAAAUUGCAAGCUUUGUACCUCUCUCAGUGUUUGUGCUGGAAGAGAUGGCUUUCUUUAGUGCGCCGCUGCCUUUCCUUUCUCUGCUUCUUGUGUCGCUGCCUGUCCUUGCUUUAGCAGAUGAUCCCUUAACUCCUUUCCUGCAGAAAAUAUGUGAUGAAGUGGAAUGCGGGAAAGGAACAUGCGUAGCAGAUAUAAAAUACCCACUAGGGUACAUGUGCCAGUGUGAUCGUGGUUGGACUAGAACUACAAAUGAUGAUAUUAACACUAAUCUUACGUUCCUUCCUUGUGUCAUCCCAAAUUGUACUCUCAACUAUGGUGGCUGCCAGGAAGCCCCGAAGCCACCCACAGAGAAGUCCAUCCCCUUGAAUUCAUCUGCCUUCGAUCCUUGCUAUUGGACCUACUGUGGAGGAGGAACCUGCACAAGGAAUGCAACAUAUACCCACAUGUGCACUUGCAACUCUGGAUUCUUUAACCUUCUCAACAUCUCUUACUACCCAUGCUACAGCGAAUGUACAAUUGGGUCAGAUUGUUCCAACCUUGGGAUUAAGGUUUCAAAUACGCAGGCCACAAAUAAUACUGCAGGUGGUGCAGGGAAUCAUGGUAGCUCAAUUAUGCCUGGGAAGUUCCACUGGAUGAUCAUAUUGCUCAUGUCUAUGCUUGUGGUUCUACGCAAAUAGGAGCAAAACACAGGCUCAUCAGCCUCUAUUUUCUCCAUACUAUACUAAUAUAUACUUAGAAAUAAAAAUUUACUUGGUUUUUAUUAUUUUGUGGAUUCUUGUGUAGAAAUUCAGUUUGUAUUGAAUAAAAUAUAGAUCACUGGCGAGGGUGAUUCAUUUUAGGUUGUACACAUGUUUUGAGCAUAUACAGUUUGUGCUUAUAUUCA